AAAGGCUCGGUGAGCCAAAGCAACCACGCUUCCGCGCUUUGACGGCGCACCUCGUCUCCCCAUUUUCACGCCACAGCCCGAGCUGCGUGCUAGGGUUUCCUCUCCCGCCGCCCCCCCCCCCCCCCGGAGGAAGAGGAGGACUAGUAGCAGGAGGAGGAGGAGAUGGGGACGCCGGAGACGUCGCGGGAGCCGUGCCCGGACCGCAUCCUGGACGACGUGGGCGGCGCGUUCGGGAUGGGGGCCGUGGGCGGCUCCGUCUACCACUUCCUCAAGGGCACCUACAACUCCCCCAACGGGAUGCGCCUGUCCGGCGGCGCGCAGGCCGUGCGCAUGAACGCGCCGCGCGUCGGUGGGAGCUUCGCCGUCUGGGGCGGCCUCUUCUCCACCUUCGACUGCGCCAUGGUCUACGCGCGCCAGAAGGAGGACCCAUGGAACUCCAUCAUCGCCGGCGCCGCCACGGGCGGGUUCCUAUCCAUGCGCCAGGGCGCAGGCGCCGCCGGAAGGUCGGCGCUCAUGGGCGGCAUCCUCCUCGCGCUCAUCGAGGGCGCCGGGCUCAUGCUCAACCGCGUCCUCGCCAACCCGCAGAACCUCCUGCCGCUCCCCGCCGACGACCCCACCCUGGCCGCCGCCAUGGCCGGCGGCGCUGGCGGAUACCCGGGCAUGCCGCAGGUGCCGGUGGUGGCACCUCCUGAGGCCGCGAGCUCGACCGGUGCGGGCGGGUGGUUCGGGGGGCUCUUCGGCAAGAAGGAGGAGGAGAUGAAGCCGACCGCGGGAGGGGGCAAGUCGGAUAUCUUGGAGAGCUUCGACACGCCCAGUGCCCCGAUACCGUCGUUCGAGUACAAGUGAGGAAAAGGUUGGCUGAUGGCACUGUUGCUUAGCUGGACUUGACAUGUGUUAGUCUGGAAUUGGGAAAGCAAAUUAGCGAUACAAUAACGGACUGGACAAGAGAUGGAAAUGGAAGACUUGUUCGAUAAACUUAUUCAUGCGCUGCUCUUGUACGGCUCUAUCUAUGCACCCCCUUGUGUAUGUAUAAGCCUUUUUAACGUGGGAAGCUGGCAGGUCUUGCAAACUGUUGUAGCAGCAGCAGCAGCAGAAGCUGUAGUGCCUAUAGCAUUCGUGUUGUGCAAUGUAAUGCACUUGAGAGAGCCAUAUCCUAUGCCUCAGGUAGUCAGGUUGGAACCUAAAAUGAUAAUUUUGAGUUGAGUCGUUUCACAUUCACAGCAUCCUGUCUUUCCAGA